AUGGAGAAGAUUUUCAGGGUGAUGAGAUGCCCUAAUGCACUGAAGGAGGCUAGGGAAAGGAAGCAAAAUGAGUAUAAUGAUUUGAAGCAAGGGUCGAUGACCAUUGAGCAAUAUUUUGCCAAGUUCAAUGAAUUGGUGAAGUAUGCUAACUACGGGAGAGCUUUACCUACUUCUGCCGAGAUGACCUCCAAGUUUCAUUUGGGUCUAAAUGAGAAAAUGUCUCGGAAAAUGUCUAAUUGCGAUAUCGGUGAGUUUAGCAAGUUUGUGGACCAAUGCCAGAAAGUAGAAGAAGUUUAUAGUGUGACUAAGACCAAGAAGCCUUCAGAGGCACAAGCAUCUAAUGCAAGUAGAGCAACUGGCUCAAAUUCUUGGAAAAACAAGAAAAUGAAGGGUAAGAAGCUGAGUGUGAAUAAUCCACUUGAUAUAUUCAAGAAGCCUGGAAACCAAAAGAGUUUUGUUGAUAGAGGACCUCCUCCAAAGUGUAGAGGAUGUGGAAAAGAGCAUCGAGGUCCGUGUGCCACAGGUGAAAUUAUUUGCUACAAGUGUGGAAGAUCCGGCCAUUACUCUAGGCAAUGCCCUCAAAAUGAAGUGAGGAGGACUAUGGCAGUUGAGGCUGCUGUCGUUCCUGUUUCAGUUGUUCAACCUAAGAUAGAGUCCCAGACUGUUGGUAGAGUGUACACCAUGGACCGUCAGCAAUCAGAAAAGGCUUCAAAGCUCGUGAAAGGUUAG